UUAUGCGGGAGAGCGAAGAGAAGAGCGGGCGUUCAGAGAGAGAAUCUCCCUUCGCUCUGAUCAUAUAUACAAACACCUGGAGCGCUAGAAUCUCGGACCAAGAAUAGGGCUCUCUUGAUCCGAGAUUAUGGCGUCGAUGGAGGGGCGAGGGAGAGAGAACGGACCCGUUGCCUUUCGCUCUGCGGUCCUAUAUCCCGUUUGUCUGCCUGCCUUGCGAGGAAGAAAAGCAGAGGACGAGAAACGGAAGGGAGGAGGUAGGUGAUCGGUCGGCGCUAUGGCGAGGUCGAGCGCGGAUGACCUGGAGCUGAGGCGGGCGUGCGAGGCGAUCAUCGACGGCGGCGGCGGCAAGCAGAAGGUGGUGCUGUCGAUCCGCGUCGCCAAGAGCCGCGGGGUCUGGGGCAAGGCCGGCAAAUUGGGCCGUCACAUGGCCAAACCCAGGGUCCUCGCCCUCACCACCAAAGCAAAAGGUCAAAGGACUAAGGCUUUCCUUCGCGUUUUGAAAUACUCUGGCGGAGGAAUUCUUGAGCCCGCAAAAAUAUACAAAUUAAAGCAUCUUUCGAAAUUGGAGGUCGUUCAAAAUGAUCCAAGUGGCUGCACCUUUAUGCUGGGAUUCGAUAAUCUUAGAAGCCAAAGUGUUGCUCCUCCUCAAUGGACGAUGAGGAACAAAGAUGAUAGGAACCGCAUACUUCUGUGCAUUUUAAACAUUUGCAAGGAGAUACUAGGACGGAUUCCAAAAGUUGUCGGUAUAGAUAUAGUGGAAAUGGCUCUUUGGGCAAAGGAAAAUACUACUGCAGUAAGUAAUCAACUGAGUGCUGAGGAUGGGCGAGAUGCAUCUGCUAUGAUUCAAAGCAAUGCACAGGUUACUGUUGAAAGAGACCUGGUCUCACAAGCUGAAGAAGAGGACAUGGAGGCCCUCCUUGGCACGUAUGUUAUGGGAAUUGGUGAAGCAGAAGCGUUUUCAGAAAGGUUGAAGAGGGAACUUCUGGCACUAGAAGCGGCAAAUGUACAUUCCCUUAUGGAAAGUGAAUCCAUAAUAGAAGAGGUAUUGCAGGGACUAGAAGUAGCUACUGUAUGCGUCGAGGAUAUGGAUGUGUGGCUUGGCAUUUUCAAUGUGAAGCUCAGACACAUGAGAGAGGAUAUAGAAUCAAUAGAAUCUCGAAACAAUAAGUUGGAGUUGCAAUCUGUGAGUAACAAGGCUCUUAUUGAGGAGCUUGAUAUAUUACUGGAACGUUUUGAAAUCCCUGCUGAGCAUGAGGCAUCGCUUACAGGAGGCUCUUUCGAUGAGGAUAACAUGGUUAAGAACAUUGAGGCAUGUGAAUGGUUAACUGGUGCUUUACGUAAUCUUGAAGCAUCAAGUUUGGAUCCAUGCUAUGCAAGAAUGAGAGGUAUCAAGGAGAAACGUGCAGAACUUGUAUUGAUAAAGUGCACAUUUGUUCGUCGAGCCUCAGAGUUCUUGCGGAACUACUUUCCUAGUUUGGUGGAUUUAAUGCUUAAUGACAAGAACUAUUUUUCUCAGCGUGGACAGUUGAAAAGACCUGACCAUGCAGACCUAAGGUACAAGUGCAGGAUAUAUGCAAGACUUUUGCUGCAUAUAAAGAGUCUUGACAAGAAUUGUUUGGGCCCUUUAAGGAAAGCUUACUGUCAUUCUCUAAAUCUGCUGCUUCGACGAGAGGCACGUGAAUUUUCUAAUGAACUUCGUGCUGGUACCAAGGUAACCAGAAGUCAGAUAGUUUGGCUUGAAGGUCCGAUGCCCUCAAAUCAGACAUCAAAUGCAGAUUCUUCUACAGUUUCUGAAGCAUACUCCAAGAUGCUAACAGUUUUCAUUCCUCUUCUUGUGGAUGAGAGUUCUUUCUUUGCACACUUUAUGUGCUUUGAUGUUUCUGCUCUAGCUCCAUCUGACGCAUGUGCUGAUACUGAUAAAGCCGUGUCUGACGGCAUAAAUGAAUGCACCCCGGGAAAGAUAGUUGCUCAAGGUAAUGAUUCUGCUGAGCUAGGAAUUCUCAAUGAAUGUUUAAGAGAAUUGCUUGAUGGACUUCAGGAGGACUUCUGUUCAAUUGUGGAUUGGGCAUACAAAAUUGACCCUUUAUGCUGCAUUUCGAUGCAUGGGAUCACGGAACGCUAUCUUUCUGGCCAAAAAGCUGAUACUGCUGGAUUUGUGCGUCUAUUGCUUGAUGAACUUGAGACCAGAAUCUCUAUGCUGUUCAGCAGGUUUGUUGAUGAUGCUUGUUAUCAGAUUGAGAAGUGUGAACGCAAUGCACGACAAAUGGGAGUUCUGCCUUACAUACCAAGGUUUGCUAUUCUUGCAUCACGCAUGGAGCAAUAUAUCCAAGGACAGGCUAGGGAUUUGAUUGACCAGGCCUACACAAAAAUUGUUAGCAUCAUGUUUGUUGCAUUGGAGAGGACUGCACAAAUUGACCCAAAAUAUGUUGAUAUUGUUCUUCUAGAAAAUUAUGCAGCUUUUCAAAACAGUUUGUAUGAUUUAGCCAAUGUUGUACCAACACUUGCAAAAUUUUACCACCAAGCUAGUGAAUCCUAUGAACAGGCUUGCCUUCGUCAUGUUAGCAUGGUCAUCUAUAUACAUUUUGAAAAACUGUUUCAGUUUGCACGCAGAAUUGAGGAAUUGAUGUUCAAUGUUGCACCUGAGGAGAUUCCUUUCCAGAUUGGAAUGUCAAAAGUGGAUCUCCGAAAAAUGUUGAAAUCUAGCUUCUCAGGGCUUGACAAGAUCAUCAAUGCAAUGUAUCGGAAGUUGCAGAAAAAUAUAACUGCAGAAGAGUUGUUGCCUUCUUUAUGGGAAAAAUGCAAGAAGGAAUUUUUGGAGAAGUACGGAAGUUUUGUUCAGCUAGUUGUCAGAAUAUACCCCAACGAGACGGUUCCCUCCGUAAUAGAGAUGAGGGAGGCUCUUAGUAAUCUGUAGCCGUAGUUGCUGUGUGGUUCUGCUUCCCCCUGUGAGGGCACACGGUUGAUUUAAAGGUCUCAUUCCGUUUCUUUUCUCUCCAUCCAGUUGUUUUUUUUGUGCUUUCGUUCACUGAACACCAUGAAUGCUACCAGUUUUUGUUCGUCUGUGUUCCCUGUUUGGAUGGAUUAACGGGAGUGUUUACCAAAGAAUUGCCCGUGUCAAUAAUAAACGUUGUUACUGCC